AUGUGGAAGAAUGGAACAAAUAUUUGCUUAACAAAUCGACAAAUGCAAUUAUAUGGAAAUGAAGUGGAAAAGUAUCUGCAACGAUUCCUCUAUCCAUGUAUUGUAAUACUUGGCGUUACGGGAAACGUAUUAAAUCUUACUGUAUUGCUUAAUCGUUCGAUGCGUAGCAGGUCUAAUAUUUUCUUGGCAGCAUUAGCAAUAGCUGAUAUUAUAUUUCUACUACUUCUUUUACCCAAUAUUUUGGCCACUUAUCCGAUAUUCACCUAUAAUUACACCUAUCGUUUCAUCUAUUUUCAUAUUAAAAUUCAUUUGUUAUCAUUUACUAAUUGGGUUUCCAGUGCAGCAAUUUGGUUAGUGGUAGCUGUAUGUAGAGAUCGUUUAACUGGUAUUAAAAAACCACUGCAUGCUAAAACUGAUUGCAAUAAAUACCGUACACCGCUGUUAAUUACUGUAAUCGCAACAACUACCGGAAUCGUUAAUUUUUAUCAGCAUUUCCAAUACAAAUGCUUUAUGCGUAAUUUUUGUCAUCGAACUCAAAUUUAUUCCAAAUGCCUUCCAAUUAAUAAUGAUGGGCGUUGGUUUUGGAAUCGAACAAAUCCUUAUUCCGCACUGUAUCGUAAUUUCAUCGAUAUUAGUGUAACAAUAAAUGCUGCUACAACAAUUAUUUUGCCUAUAUUUUUAUUAUCCUCUCUUAACUUUUUAUUACUUUGCAUAUUACGUAAUCGUCGUGGCUUAUUACUCGUUUCCACUAAUCAACAAGUUAGUAAAUCAACAGCAAUCAACAACAGGUAA